AGCGUGAGAAGUCUAGUCUGGCGCAGCUGUCACAAUUUCAAAGCUGAAUGAACAACACCGUCAACUUCAAGAAACAAAGCACUCGCAGUUCAGUUUUGAUAAUCAUGCUCAGUUCCCAACCUACUCCUAAUGUCACUCUCCGCACCCACUGCGAUGUUCAUAUUCUCCUCCUCCUCCGCCAUCCUCAUCGAGCUCAACUCUCCAUCCUCCAUAACCAAAUCAGAAAACGCCCGCCGAUGUUCGUGUAUGCAUCCGAGCCUUGUACUCCCCAUGAAUCGAUACCUUAACCAGAACUCAAAAGCAAAAAGAACGCCCGUACCACGCCGUGUUUGCCCCAAGAAAAAAAACCGUCACAAAUCACAAACUCGUACAAAACAGCCAAACCUGAACCAUUCAUAUCAUACCCAUACCCAAUCCAUCACUCGCAAGUAACCAUCACCCCAUCUGCGCAAUCGAAAGGAAGGUGGAGUUAAGCAAGG